CAACGUUUCUCCGAAUGGCGUUUCACCACAAGAGAAGCUCCUCCGCCGGCGUUCCGACCUCCUGAUUGGUGUCUGCUUUCACCUCUUUCGAACUCUUUUAACGUUUUACCGGCUUUUCCGGCGUUUUACCGGCUUUCUCCGGCGUCUUGCUUGCCAUGUCUGGAUCUGCGGCGGCUUCACUUAGUCCCCAUCUUCCAACGGCGCUGCUCGCUCACUUCAGACUGAGGCUUUCUCCGGCACCGGCUUCGGAUCCUCCUCCUCCGCCAGAGCCUCCAGUUCCUCCAGAUCCACCGGAUCCUCCGCUAGAACAGAUCCGUGUCACUCCUUUUCAUGGUUCUCUUUCAAAAUCCGGCCAAAGCUCCUUGCAACCUUUUACCGUUUUGCUCCCGCUCCUCACCACACGGCCAGUUCCGGUAUUACUCCUCCACGUCUCGUUUGUUGGACCAGGGUUAGAGUCUACCAUCUUCUCUCCCAUUUCACCUUCACUUCACUUUUCUCAGAUCUUAGAUCUGAGCGCUUACCGUCAUGUGGCCUCUUCGGGUCUGUUGGCUACUCCUUUUGUGCCCUUUGGUGGUACUCAUUUCGCCUUUAGGCGUUCCUUUACUGCAGUAUGCAGGUUCUGUUCCGGUCUCGAUCCGGUUUCAUUUUCUACCAGGUUCGUUUCUGGCUUGUUAAUUCUUACAGUUUACUUGAGCUGUGAGUUGGUAUUUGCAAUCGUAUGCCUCAUUCAAUGGGUAUGUGUCCCAAUGUUGGUCACGUUUGACUCUUUGAGUGCGUUGGUAGUUAACAAGGCUUUGAUGGUUCAUUUGCCUUGGAUGCGGUCGCAUGAUUACUCCUUUAUGGAGUUUUAUUUUUUACCUCUUAUUGAGGCUCCUUCUCUCAGUUUACCUCUUAUUGAGGCUCCUCUCCACAGAAUCCCUCGCAAUGAGGCUUUUUCUUGCUACACGGAUGCAGCUUGGAUCGCAUCCUCUGGCUCCUGCGGUAUGGGAUGGAUUUUCAAGACUCAAGAUCAUCGAGUUAUCCAUCGGGGCUCGGCAACUCGCCUCCAUACACCUUCGGCUCUAGCUGCUGAAGCUUUGGCCUUGAGAUCAGCGCUGAUCGCAGCGUCUAGAAUGGAAUUCACCUCCAUCAAAGUUUUUUCGGACUCGCAAGUCCUCAUAUCUCUGCUAAAUACAGAGACCACUACGAACGAGCUUCAAGGGAUUCUCCAUGAUAUUGCCUUCUUUAGUCGUUCGCUUUUAUCUAUCAAGUUUCUAUUUGUACCACGCAAGUCUAAUAUGUUAGCUGAUGCGUUAGCAAUGUCUACCUUAUCUUCUUUAACUGUUUUAGCUACUCCUGCUCUGUAAGGAUCGUCUAUCUAUCUAUAAAACCAGUUUGACCAA